AUGGACCCCCUCGGGCCCGGCAAUGGCAGCGGGCAGCCGUCAAACCGCCUCCGCAAGACUCCCACGCUCCAGAUCAACUCCCAGGUCCAGCGAGAACCCAGCAACCCCUUCGCAGACUCCAGCAACAACAUCUCCUCAGCCAGCACCAUCGCUGGCCCGUCGCCCAUCACGCCGCGAGCCCUCAUCUCGCCCCAGCAGCGCACCUUCUCGCCCUCGCCAGUGCCCCCAGACUCGCUCUCCCGCAACGAGUCCACAGAACGCCUCGCCGUGCCAGGCCGCUCGCGAGCAUACGUAGACGACUCCCAGAGCGGCUUCCCUUACCCUUCCCACAGCAACAGCAAUACCCAGUCGCCCUAUCGAUACUCCGGUGCAGCGGGCGCAGGCGGCGGCGGCGCAGACUACUCCAGCUUCUCCUCGCGGCGCACCAGCUGGAGUUCGGACGCGGCCAGUCGCCAUGCCAGCUACGGGUACGGAGGGUACACCUACUCUUCUCCCUUUGACGACUCGCGUGUCCCCUCGCGAGCGGGCAGCAGCGACGACGAGGGCGGCAUCACCACGCAGACGGUGACGGAGAAGUUUGCCAUCUUCCCCGACGGAGACCUGAUCGUGUAUCCGCAUGAUGUCGAGAAGGACGACGAGCUGCAUAACCCGGAUCCUAACGAAAAGGAACGGAAGUGUGAUAUCUGGCAUAAGCGUGGCAUCACCAACAUCGGGGCCCUGAUACUGCUGAUCGGCGGUGUCUUGACUCUCUUCAUCGGCUAUCCUGUCAUAUCGUAUAUCCAAGGAUUGACCACCCUCAAGGGAGGAUGUGCUGGUGAUCCCAUGUGUAUCGACGUGGAUAUACCCCUGCUCAAGAACAUACGGACCAGUCUCAUCGAUCCAGACACGCCCAAGUCCGCCAUGACCAAGAAGGGAGCCAACGGAAACGACCUCGAGCUCGUGUUCUCGGAUGAGUUCAAUUUGGAUGGACGGACGUUCUUCCAGGAAGACGACCCGUACCUGCAGGCCGUCGACAUCUGGUACGGUGUCACGCAGGAUCUCGAGUGGUACGAUCCCGACGCCGUAACGACGAAAAACGGCAAGCUGGAACUCCGCUUCGACGCCUUCCAGAACCACUACCUCAACUACCGCUCCGGCAUGGUCCAGUCCUGGAACCAGAUGUGCUUCACCGGCGGCAGACUCGAGGCCAGCAUCUCCCUGCCCGGGCGAGGCGACGUCUCGGGUCUCUGGCCUGGUUUCUGGGCCAUGGGCAACCUCGGCAGGCCCGGAUAUCCUGCAACCACAGACGGCAUGUGGCCCUACAGCUACCACGACGAGUGUGAUGCUGACCAUCCCACGCCAGGCAAGUCACGUACCUCUCCCGAGAUAGACGUGAUCGAAGCCAGUGUGCACGCCCUCCAUGGCGACAAGAAGCCCAUCAACGUCAUCGGAGACGUCUCCCAGAGUUGUCAAGUCGCUCCCUUUGACGUUUGGUACAUGCCAGACUACGAAUUCACCGAACUAUACGACCCUGAAAUCACCAUCAUGAACGCCUACCGAGGAGGUGUCUUCCAACAGGCCAUCUCCGGCGUCACCAACCUCAACAACAGGUGGUACGAUGGCAAAGAAUACCAGGUCUACGCCUUCGACUACAUCCCCGGCGACAAGGGCGAAAUCACCUGGUACGUAGGCAAGGAGAAGUCCUGGAAACUCGACGCCCGCGCUCUCGGCCCCAAUGGCAACGUAGGUCAGCGUAUCAUCCCACGCGAGCCCAUGGCCCUGAUUGCAAACUUGGGCAUGUCGAACAGUUUCGCUGCGUUGAACCUGACGGGUCUGGCGCCGCUGUUUCCGGCAACGAUGAGGAUAGAUUAUAUCCGCAUCUAUCAAGAGAAGGGCAAGAAGAGCGUCACCUGUGAUCCUCCCGGUAUGGAGACCACGGAUUAUAUCAAGAAACACAAGGACGUCUACCACAAUCCCAACCUGACAUUAUGCCUUUUUUGCCUGCUCCUCCUCCCUCCAACCCGCCCUUCAAUCCCCGAACCCGAACUUGCGACACGCCAAGCAAGCUAG